CGCUUCAGUGCCUGCUGACAGAACUGUGCAUCUCUCGUCUGUGAUAUGGUGCAACAGGCAUGAACAUAGCGCACUCGGCUGGCAGCUCAGGCAAUGAUGGAGUUCUACAGGACUGCUCACUAUCCCACCUGCAGAUUAUGGAGGGGCUGGCCCCUGCUCUGCCUGUAUCUGGCAUGUUACCAAGAUGCAAUAACAGCGUUUUCAGUCUCAGCUCUUUAUUCGCAUAUUACCUGCCCUGAAGGUCAAAAUGUCAACCUCACAUGCACUGUCACUGGCCACGUGUCUGAUAAGCAUGACACCCUGGUUUCCUUCUGGCAUUUUAGUAAGGACAAAGACUGCACUGAGAGGAGGCACACGCGGAACACAACUGAGCGGGACCACCACCAUAAAGAACACCCGUCACACAGCGUGCAUAAUGGAGCUUUCCAAAUAACACUCACAAAUGUGUCCCAGCCGGACAGUGGUGGCUAUUGCUGCUAUGUGGUAGAGACCAGUAAAAAGCAUCAUACCAGGCAUUCGUCUCACAGUUACAUAGAAUUUCAAGUGAAAACUGAUGACCUGAACCUUUAUACCUGUAAGUUUCUCACACCUACUAAAGAUGACAACAACAGCACAGCAGCAGCACUGGCUAUAGUUUCCUGUGUGAUUGGAGUUUUGUGUUUGCCUCUCAUACUAUUCCUGGUUUAUAAGCAAAGGCGAGCAAUCAGCCACAGACGAGCACAGGAAUUAGUCAGGAUGGACAGCGAAGCCCAAGGCAUUGAAAAUCCCGUCUUUGAUGACCCUCCUCCUGCAAAUGUUGUGGAGCACAGACCAAGGCUGGUGUUCAUGGCCAGUCGUCAGCAGUCAGAAUCUGACCGCCACCUUCUUUCUGAACCCAACACCCCUCUUUCUCCCCCAUGUGCAAAUGAAUGCUUUUUCCCAUCUCUAGAACCAGUUCCGGAUUCUCCAGACCCAGAAAAUGUUUAGAGCCAUUGUACAUAGAAAACUGCAAUAAAUCUGGAUAGAGACAAAUAAUAUGGAAUUAUACACAGUACUGAAUCAUCGCGUUGUGACGGAUUUUCUACCAUGCCAAACUGCAACAUGUAGAAACACGUGGGAAACAAGUGACGCGCUGGAUGGCAGGGUCACAUGCAGGACAACUCUUUCUUUAAAAGUUACCAACUCUGGACCAAAAACAUUUUGUAGGGCGAGUUUUUUUCAAUGUAUACUAGGCAGCUGCAUAUGUGCUAGACAGCAUCAGUUUUUCAGUUAUAUAAAAUGUAAGUGCAGGACAUUGUCAUGUCCAUUUGCUUCAUUUUUUUAUAAUGUAGAUAUCUAAAUUCUAAUAUCUUAAAAGGUUGUAAGUUUGCCCUUUUAUUGCUUUUGCUUCUGUUAGCACAGUGAAAGCAUAAAGCAAACAGAAAAGUAUGAAAACACAUAUUUAACAUUAAAAGACAGUUUCAUUCCUGAGCGUGCCUCUAUUCUGUACUGAGUCACAAUGCCUUCACAUUUGAAGAAUGAUUUCCAAUUCAGUAUACAAGUGAAUGCUGAAUAAUAAAUUUGACUUCCAUGGAUUGACUUCCUUCCCUGAUUUGCUUACACAGUUAUUCUUUUCUUUCCCUUGUAUUUAUACUAGUUGGUAGAUUUUCUCUUUGAACUGAGUGGCAUGUGGAAGAAUGUUUGAAGUCUCCCACCAAGUUAAAGGCAGUCGCCACAACAGGCACUUGUCAGCCAAGUGCCAUCUUGAAAUAAGUGUUUUCUGGCCACAAUCAGGUGCUGCCGUAGGCCUAUAUGUGCACAGAUCCCAGCAAUGAGAAAUCCACCAGCCCAAGAUACAAUAUUUUCAGAAGUAAUGAAAAAAUAAUCUGCAUAUUUAUUUUUUAGUCAUUAUAGUCCUAAUGUUUAUUUAUUUUGGACCAUUUGCUUCAUAGACAAAGAGGAUAGGAAAUGCAAACCAAGAGGGACUUAUUACACUUUAAAGAAGAACUAAAGCUUAACCAAAGAGAGAGGAUAGAAAUAUUGUACAUUAUGUUUUGGGCUUCUAUACCAGCCCAAGGCAACCACAGCCCUUUAGCAGGGAAGAUCUGUGUCUCCAAAGAUGCCCCAGUAGCUCCCAAUCUUCUCUUCUGCUGAUUCACUGCACAUGCUCUGUACUGCUGUCACUUACUGAGCUUGGAGACCCGUUCAAAAUACACAGUGCACAUAGAAUAUAAAUGUCACAGUGCAACUAGCAUCAGAAUUUAAUAAUCAGCUUAUAUUACAGACCAACCUCAUUUUCUGCUUAAUAAUUUGCCACAACCCCUAGGCUUAGCUUCUCAACAGCUGCUCAGAGCCUACUGAGCAUGUGAGUGUCGCAGACACUUUCCAAGAUGGUGAAGUUUGAAAUCCUGGAUCAUUGCCGAUAUUGAGAAGUUGAAAGUUUAGGCUGGUGAAAUACGUUUUUUGUAUAAAACAUGGCAUUUUUAGCCAUAUUCAUCUUUAGGGUUUAGUUCUCCUUUAAGGGGUUAUUUAUCAAAGUUUGAAUGUUAGAGUUUUUUAUACCUCAAAUAAACGCACAACUCAAAUGGUAUCUUAUUUAAGAAAAAAACUUGAAUAGAAAAAAAAGAUUCUGCAAGUUCGAGUUUGCGAAACCUGAAACUUGUAUCGCUUGAAAGUUUUCGAGCAAAACCCUCUGAAAAAAACACGAACAUCAUACAGGCUGUUAACAUCUUCAAGGGAAGAUGUUAAUUGAAGGGACCUCUGCCAUUGACUUCUAUAUGACCUCUACAGGUUUUUAAUGGUGUAUUUUCAGAUUUGAGCUAUUUCCAGGGUUGGGGUAUAAUAAAUCUCGAAAAAUUCAAGUUUUUUUUUUUAAUGUGAGUUUUGACCCAAUAAAUCAACUUGAAAACUCGAAUUUUUGUGAAAACACAACUCGAAGCUUAAUAAAUAACCCCCUACGUUUAUUAUAAAUAGAGCUAUUCUAAGCAACUUUUCUGGUUGGCAGGGUCACUUUUCCCGGCAACUAAAAACCAAUCUGAAUGUGAUGGUUCAGUGUUAUUUCUUUUCCUUCUUUUUUUUAUAAAUUGCUUAUAUUUCUUUUUCUGCCCAUUUCUGAUUUAUCUUCCAUUGUGACUGCGGCUUUGUGCUUGCACACUGAAGCCCUAGCAAUCACAUAGCAGUUGAACUUCCAAGCCAGAGACUAAUUGCACAUUGUCUAGAAUACCACUGACUACAUAAUGCUAAUGUUCAUUUUAAUGUGCACUAGCCCAUGGAGUGCUGAACACACAAAGUAAAGAGGGAUUCUUUAAUUUACUGUACGUUUUUAUAAUCUUCUUUGUAUCCUUUUUUUCUCCUAUUUUUUAUUUUGGAUUUAUUUUGUGAUGUAAUUCUACUGCAUAUGUUUCUAAAAUAUUGCUAAAAUAAAAUAUGUUUGUGUACAGAA